AUGGACGACUACGGAAUGGGGUCCUUGAUGGAGGACCCCGAGGGCUACUACCCGCCGUCGCCGCCGCCGACCAAGCAGGUGUACACGAUGCGCAGCGGCAAGGCGGUAACGCUGCACCUGGUCGGGCACAGCCCUACCGAGGCGCACCACCUGUGGAACGGGGCCAAGUUCGUGGCCGACUACCUGGAGGAGGAGCCCGCGCGGGUGCGCGGCAAGGCGGUGCUGGAGCUCGGGGCGGCGGCGGGCCUGCCAUCGCUGGUGGCGGGCAUCCUGGGAGCGCGCAAGGUGGUCAUGACUGACUUUCCCGACCCGGAGCUCGUGGAGAACAUGCAGAAGAACAUUGACGAGUGUGACGGCACGGUCGAGCCACAGGGGCUCAUUGGGCGGACCGUGAACGCGGCGGGGUUUGUCUGGGGGGCUGACCCGGUGCCGUUGCUGGCGAGGCUGCCGGUGGAUGACGAGGAAGACGGCGGGGAGACGAGGAGCGGCGACAAGGACGAGGACGAAUACGAAGACGGCAAGUUUGACGUGGUGGUGCUGGCGGACCUGCUCUUCCGGCACUCGGAGCACGGGGCGCUGGUCAAGACGAUCAAGGAGACGAUGCGGCCGGGGCGGGCCAGCGCGGCGUACGUCUUCUUCACGUCGUACCGGCCGUGGAAGCAGGAGCUCGACAUGGGCUUCUUCGACGUGGCGCGGGCGGCGGGGCUCGAGGCGGAGCAGGUGGCGGAGCGCAAGCUGGAGCGGCCGCUGUUUGCGGGGGACCCGGGGGACGUCGAGGUGCAGAAGACGGUGAGGGGGUUUGUGGUGCGGUGGCCGGCGGAGGGCGACGAUGGAUAG